UCAGCCAACGGAACAGUCGAACGAUUGGUGAAUUCCUCGACCACCAGUAGAGGAACUGGGAACGAAUCGAAUUCCCAAAGAAAUGCAGCGGACAAUGAGAGAUCUGCCGCGAGGGAGUUGCAGCAAACGCCGAAGCUAGCGAACGGAAACUUGCCUAGAGGACUGAGUGUGUCGUCGGUGUUGUCGGCGUCGCAUCAUCAGAGAGAGCCAUCUCACCACCAUUACCAAAACACCCCUCAUCUACUCCACCACCACCAUGCACCAGCAACAACAACGAGCCAACAUCGUGAGCCAACCAGUAACAACAUCAACAGCUCCAACUCUCUCUACCACACGCAAAAUCACAACAGCAGCAAUUAUCAUCAGCACUCGUUAUCAGCGAGUCACCUCCUCCAAAAUCACCAGCCACAACCUGCAUCUUUAGGAAGCUCCUAUCACCAAUCGCAAACCCAUACUUCAUUACCUGGGAACCGGUUUCCUGUUUCUAUACAUGAUAGUCAUCAUGGUAACAGCAAUCAGGGUCAACAUCAACAUCAGAAUCAUCAUCAGCAGCAAUCCUUGUUGUUGACAAAUAGUGAGAGAGAGUUAAAUUGUCUACCGAAGGCGAUUACGAGUACUACGAACUUGACAGGGAGUGGAACGAAUGGUGUGAAAGAAGCUUUGACGAGUUUGGGGUUGCUGUGCCUGGUGUCUUUGCUGCUGGCGUUGUUGUCCUUGAUAUUUCUAUUGAAGAUCUCACCAGCAAGUGUAACGCCUCCUCCGUCGAUUUUAGCGGAGGAUUACGUGGUUGUCUACGACGUGACAUUGGCUUUAUGUGCCUUAUCUUUGUCUUUAAAUUUGUGCUGUUUACUGGUUUGCGCUGUACAAUUCCUAUUUGCUGUGAAACUGGUACGGAAUACUAGUGCCGGAACUAGGGGUAACAAAUAUCUUCAGAAGAGCAGUGCCAGUCGCGUGUGUGCCGUGGGGGGCUUCUUUGUGUCGAUUCCUGUAUUCCUCACAGGUAUAAUCUUGUAUACUUUCACGCAAUUCCACUCGACGCCAGCAAUUGUGACAUCCGUUCUAAUUGGCGUCGGAAUAGUCUUUUGUGGAGGCGCCAUGGUGCACAAUGUAUUCGUUUGGCAACGAGAGAAGACCAUGGGAGUUUUGAGGGCAGCCCAACAACAAAGGAGGUGCCUCGAAAAUAUUAAUUUGAACUCUACGAAUGUCGGCAUUACAGACCAUUCGACAAGGGGUGCUUUACCGCCUCCAGUUAGAGGAUCUGUGCAGAGCUUGACUGUGGCUGUUGGGGGACAGAAGGACAUGAAUAGUGGAUCUAUGUUCUUAAACCAUACCAGCGGCGGUCAUCACACCAACGCAGUUCUAAAUCAAUCGAUAUCGCAUUCUUUAGCCAACACUUCCCAACAUACGCCUCUUACACCACACCAUACGCCUGUUACUCCAGUUCCUUUAUCGAAUCACCAUCUCAAUUUUUCCCACUAUCUACCAUCAGCUUCCUAUUUGAGACCAGCCACGUCUACUCCGCCAACUCCUAAGAAUGUUCCUAGCAGUUUGACGCAUAGAUCUACUACUGCUGCAGGGGAUAAAUCAGAUGCCAGAGAGACAAGUGGUAGCAUUAGUCCUACUGCAGCUGGGGAUGCUGUUAAUAGUAGUAGUAUUAGUAGUCCACAUGAAUUGUCGACGCUCGUUUAGUGAAAAUCGGGUAACAGAAAAUUUGGUGUUGAUAUUUAUGCUAUUACAGCAGAUGAUGCUGCCAGUAAUAGUAGUGUUAGUAGUCCAAAUAAGUUGUCAACGCUUGUUUAGUUGAAAUUAGAUACCAGGAUAUGAAGUGGUGUGGAAGAAUUGUUGCCACUCAAAAAAUAGACCAGUUUAUCAUAGGACGGUUUAAUUGAAUGAUGGCGUUUAUCGCCCAACUGCAAGUCUUCUAUAAUUGAUUGAAGUCUGUUGCCUUGGUUUCUAAACUUUUAUAUUGAUAUUUACUAGCUGAACAAGUUGAUCCUAGUGGUAUUUGCAAAAGUUGUGGUGUUGAUGUUUGGUUGGUUGCAUUGGAAAUAGUGUCAACUAUUAUGAACAUUGUUGAGAAAAUCAAGAGAUAUUUUGUGAAAUCAAGCAAUGUUUGAUGAUGAAUCUAAAUCAUGAAUAUAAAAAUAUAUUACACACUUAAAUCGAUAUAGAUUAUUGCAUUGAGCAACUCUGCCAGUGGCAAAAUUGAUUCCGUAUUUGUUUGAAUUGGAUUUUCAGAUAAAAAUUAACAAAUUGUGGUAUAAC